AAAUAAACAAAUUGUAGUCAUACAAAUUUUUAAGGAGACAAAACCAAUUACGGCAAUUGCUAAUGAAUCACCGAUAAAAGCAAAAAAUACAGCAAUGAGCUUUAAGAUCUUGCAACCACAAAAUUGUUGCUACCUAUCAGCUGAUCCGCUGAAUUAUUUCGGCUUAAAUUUUGCAAUAUGGCAUUGCGGCUCUCCACUGUUUUGAACAAAUUUGGAAUAAAUUUUACAAGGCAAUUUAGCACUGCUGUUGGAUUCUCCUAUGCCUAUAAGCCAUGGAAUCGUGCAUAUCCCACACAAAUGCCAACAAAUGUGCGUCAAACACAUGAACCUAGUAAGAAGGCUGGAAAAUAUAAGAUUGUCAUGGUUCGCCAUGGGGAAUCAGAAUGGAAUAAAAGCAAUCAGUUCUGUGGUUGGUACGACAGUGCGCUUAGUGAAAAGGGCCUAAAAGAGGCAGAGGCAGCUGCGAAAGCUUUAAAGGAAACUGGAUAUAAAUUUGACAUUGCUCACACAUCCUUACUAUGUCGGGCUAUAAUCACACUGGACAUCAUAUUAAAAGAAAUUGGACAAACGAAUAUUCCAGUAUGUAAAACAUGGCGUUUAAAUGAACGUCAUUAUGGUGGACUCAUUGGUUUAAACAAAGCCGAAACAGCUGCAAAAUACGGUGAAAAGCAAGUACAAAUAUGGCGCAGAAGUUUUGCUACGCCUCCGCCGCCCAUGGAAAAGGAUCAUCCGUAUUACGAUGCAAUAGUUAAUGAUGAGCGAUAUAAAGAUGGGCCAACAAAAGCAGAAUUUCCCAUGUUUGAAUCACUGAAACUCACAAUAGAACGUACGUUACCCUAUUGGAAUGACACAAUAGUACCGCAAAUAAAAGCUGGAAAAUUGGUUCUAAUUUCGGCACAUGGAAAUAGUCUGCGAGGCAUUGUCAAGCAUUUGGACAAUCUAUCCGAAGAUCAGAUAAUGGCACUGAAUUUACCCACUGGUAUACCAUUUAUUUAUGAAUUGGAUGAAUGUCUCCAACCAGUUGUUUCCAUGAAAUUUUUGGGUGACGAAGAAACUGUUCGAAAAGCAAUGGAGGCUGUUGCAGCACAAGGAAAAGCCAAAUAGAUCGAGCAAUUUAUGUACAUGAUUAUGAAAACGGUUAAAUAGAUUAUUUUGAAGAAAUUGUAAAGCUGUCUCAAAACUAAAUCAAAUAGAAAAUAGUUAAAUAUUCUACAACAAAAUUAAAAAUUAGAUACGCUCUCAGCCUGGUGUAGUACUCGAAUCAUGAUAAUGGUAUAAAAUGGUUUAUCAAUUUUCAUCAAUCUAAAUGCAACCCUUCCAAUUGGCAAAUGCUGAAUUGCUGAAUAUGGGCUUUUUACUGUCAUUUUCUGCAAAUGACCUUGUGGCUGUCACUUAUAGGUCAAAUGAAAUUUUCCUUUCAGAUAUUCGUAUCCAUUGGUGUUAUCUAAAGCGGUAUACAUCAAACUUGUCAGGUCCGGUUGAAAGUAUACAAUUUUAAUAAAAAUGGCUGGAAAAUACAGAAUUGUUAUGGUUCGCCAUGGUGAAUCAGAAUGGAACCAAAAGAACCAAUUUUGCGGUUGGUUUGA